AUGAGUUUGAUCACAUCUUCACCAUCAUCAAUAUUCGCAUCACUGCCCUUAACUUCCUCAGCAACAACCACCAUCCUACUAGUCACAACCAUAUUCGGAAUUUCCUACAUACUCAUCCUCAAACGCCGAAAACUCCCAGCACCGAUUAUAGCAGGAGAUGAAACAACAUACAGACAUCCUCCCUGUCUUCCCACUGUUCCCAUCUUCGGCUCCCUACCAUUCCUACCCGCAUUUCCAUUGCAGUACAAGUUUUUCACAAAAAAUAUGCAGAAGUAUGGAGAUGUAGUGGCCUACUACAUGAUGGGCCAGUACAAGAUAAUUCUGAAUAGCAGAGAGGCGGUACACGAAGCCUUCGUCAAAAGGUCAACUGAUUUUGCCGAUCGUCCCAGAGCCAGGGUCAACAACGUUCUUAACCCUAACCAGAAAGGAAUUUUGUUUCACGGUUACGACAACAACUUCAAAAAGUACCACAAACUGAGUCUCGGCAUCAUGAAGCAAUUUGGUUUCGGCAACAGAGUGAUGGAGAAGAGGAUCAUGGAGGAGAUGAAGUAUUUUAUGGAUCACUUGGCCAGUUUCAAUGGUUGCGAAUUUAACCCUACUCCCGUAGUUGCCAACUGUACAAUGAACAUCAUCUGUGGAAUUCUGUUUGGGAAACGCUUUAGAGAUGACGACCCUGAUCUUUCUGACACCAUCAGCAACAUCAGAACCAGUUUUAACAAUUUAGGGAAAAUAUUUAUCGUUAAUGUUUUUCCAUUUCUGAGGUUAUUAUUCAACUUUAAACUUGUGAGAUUACUGGACGCUCAGAAAAAGAUUUUCAAAAUGUUGGAAGAGAAAAUAGUUGAAUGUUCUGCAGGAUUGAAAUAUGACAGCGAAGGCAACGUCGAAAGCCCUGAUGUCGCCGACAAAAUUGAAAAUGACGAUGAGAGAGACGAAAAGCAUUUAUCCAGUUUCAUCCGAAGCUACAUAGAGCUGGAAGGUGUCAACUACGACAGAGAACAACUUCUCCACUUCAUGCACGAGCUCUUUCUUGGAGGUACUGAAACUACUGCGAGUACUAUUGAGUGGACCUUGGUAUUGCUGGCCAACCAUCAAGAUAUCCAAGAAAAAAUGUACAGAGAGCUAGAAAGCGUACUCGCUAGCAGGUUUCAAGAGGCAGAGAACAAAAAACAUUUACUGUAUUGCGAUGCGGUUUUCCACGAAAUAUUAAGGUACAAGCCCGUGGCUCCGAUGACCUUGCCCCACCAGACGAUGAAGGACACUCACGUCAUGGGCUAUUUCAUUCCUCAAAACACUACGGUGAUUGGCAAUCUACACGGAGCCCACUUUGAUCGUCGUAUCUGGGAGGAACCAGACAUUUUUGAUCCUGAAAGGUUCAUCGACCGAAGUGAUGAGACAAUUAAAAAUAAAGAACAUAUCGUGGCAUUUUCUCUCGGCAAGAGAUCGUGCUUCGGAGAAAUUUUGGCCCGCCAGGAGUUCUUUCUUUCCUUAACGAACCUGGUUUGGAGGUUCAAAAUUUUACCACCGCGUGAUCAACAAGAGGUCAAGGUCGAUGACGUCAUGGACGUAACUGCCAAACCUUCGCCAUUUAAAAUUAGGCUUUUGGAAAGAAAUUAG